AUGGCUGAUUUUAACGAUUUAAUCGCUAAAUACAUCAGCCUUGAAGAAAAUGUAUCCAUUAUGAUUCCUAUUAACACUAUGGUAGGAGAUUCUUCGAUAUCUGAUUUUGCUACAACUGAUUCUGCGUUUUUCACCGCUCAUUCUUUUGAUACAAUCAAUAAUAACAUGUUCGAAACAAAUGCAAUUUCACAGUUUAACAGUUCGUCACUAAAUACUGAAGCAGAUCUUUCAAUUUUCAUAGAUGCACUUAAUAAGUCAAGUUCAUCCAAUAAAAAGAGAGUUCGUACAUCUCCACCGAUAUCAUCUGGCUUACCACUUCAAUUCUUCAAAGAUACACAAGUUCAGCCAACUCCUCCAUUUCAUUCUCCAGAAAACACACCAACAAUCACUGCUUCAGAGACAUCAAAUCCAAAUUUAGCUACUGUACUUGCUACAUGCGCUGCGGAUUCAGUUAUUGUCUUACCUUCAGGCAUUUAUCAGCAAAAAUACGUAAUAACCAAAAACAUUACUCUCCGUGGUGAUGGUGAAGUCAUCUUUGAUAGCCCAUCUCCAUCCUUCACAAUCAGCUCAGGAGACGUCAUUUUGGAGAAUAUCGCGAUUAGACACGGAAGAAUUGACGUUGCAAGCGCUAGAUUACAACUCACGAACUGCCAGAUCAAUGCUACAAUCAAUGCCUCCGCUACUACUCGCUUAAAUCUACAGGGUUGUGUUUUAUCUCAAUCAGAAGAUUUCAACAUCAUAUUGAACCGUUCUACAGCCACAAUUAACGAUACAAAUAUUAUCAACAAAGGUUUGUCAAUACAAGAAAAGUCCGCUCUUACGGUUAAUAAAUGCAAGAUUGAAAAUAUUGUUGAAAAUGCCAUUCUCGCUGACUCUAGUAUAUGCAAAGUUACGGAAUCUUACAUAGGAAACUGCACAAAAUCAUGUGUUCUUGUAAAGAAAGACUCCGAAGUCUCAAUUUUCGAUUCUCAUAUUUAUGAUGCAGAAAAAGCCAAUUUAGUCGAAGCAACUGACGGCGGUAUCCUCAAAGUUAAGAAUUGUACGCUUAAUGGUGAAUGUACUAACUCUAUUUCCUCUUCAAUUGGCGCAUCAGUUUUAUGUGAGAACUUAGAGCUAAGAAGGAACGUUUCCUCUACUUCCGGUGGCUUCAUUGAACUCAGGCAAUGCCAACUCACCACAGCAGUUAUCGAAAAUGCCAGGUUCACCGCUAUCGGAUGCGAUAUCUUUUCAACAGAGAGCUGUGGCCUUGCAACGGUCGGCCAAUGCGACAUAGUUCUUGAUCAGACAGUCAUCCACAACUGCAGAUCGAACGGAGCCGAGUUUUCGGAGUUAUCUGCAGUCACGGCAACGAAUUGCAAAUUCCUUGCGAACAGCGGAGGCGGAGUCUCUGUUUCCUCAACAUCCGCUAUGUUCUCACACUGUCUAUUUGCAGGAAACGCCCUUGUCGGAGCCGAAAUUGUUGGAGAAACAGCUGCUCCAAUUUUCGACGAGUCAGAAUUUUCCGAAAACGCCGCAGUUGAAGCCACUGUUUUCCAGGGAACAGAGCCGCGCUUCAUCAACUGCAAGUUCACUAAGAGCGAGCACCUCUGCACAUCAGUCAUCGGCGCAAAUCCACAGUACAAAGGCUGUUUCUUCAGGGGAUAUCAAGACGCCGCUGUCGAAAUUGCCGAAGCAGGAACUCCUUCUUUCGAGAACUGCACGUUCGAGCAGGGCAAUGGAAUGUGCUGCCAGAUACACGAUGAGUCAACUGUAUCUGUUUUCGAGCACUGCAACUUCAGAGAUAACGCGAAAGCUUCUGCAAUUUUAAUUUUCCAAAAAGCAGAAGCAAUUUUCGAAUCGUGUAAUUUCUCUGGUUCUGGUUAUUGCCACGCUGAAAUAAGGAAUGACGCGCACUGCAAGUUCACUGGCUGCGUGCUAGCUGAGUGCGCAAGUGGUGUUGGAACUCACAUCCACUCUUCUGGUGCAGCGGAAUUCGUCAGAACAACUAUCAAAGAUAUUGAAAAAGUUGGAAUUUUCAUUGGUCCAAGAGGCCGCGUUUCAAUGAAUGACUGCGAAAUAUUGAACUGCGGAGAGGUUGGAUUGGCUUCUGAAACAGGUUCUUCGCUCCAGGCAACUGGCUGCACAUUCAGAAACAACGGACACGUCGGAAUUCAGGCUGACGGAGGAAACAUCAACGUAGAACAGUGUGUCUUCGAAGAACACUCUGAUUUCGGUAUCUAUUCAACUGCUUUGGCUACUGUGAAACAGAAAGAAAACAAGUUCAUUGAUAACUCAAAAGGGGAUACUCAAAUAGGUUGA